GUUUCUCGCAAACAAUCCCAAAAAAUGCCCGACAGUUCCUAUUUCUCUCCCAGCACCAGCGCUCAUCCACAAAGGCUCUUCCUUGUGUUGGGAAGCGUAAAAAACUCUCCAAACCCUUUAUUUUCGUGCGAAAAUCUCUUUGAACCGUCCAGAAUCCAGCGAUAUCGAGCUUUGUGCCUAUUUCUCAGCAGUGCAUUCACCGUUGCCUUGUGGCCUCGUCUAUCGACCGGGAUCCUCGUUCAUGUCGUCUUAGGGCCCGGAUAUCUUUAUAAUUUUACAUGGGUCUCAGUCUGUGAGCCCGCCCCAAUUGUUCAGGAAUUGCGCGUGGAGAAGGCAACACAAUAUAGGAUAUCGGAAAAUGGCACCUACUUCACUGAAGAGGGGACGAAAUCAGACCAUGCAGAAUGAUGCGCAAGAAGCAGUCGAGGCGAGGCGCGAGGCUCUAGUUGAGGAGAGGCAGAGACAGCUGGAGAGUAUCUACGACAGACACGACACUCUGGUCCGAGAAGCAUUUCAUAUGGAAACAUUUACUCUGAUGCUUGGAUAUGACCCCAAGGAAGCAAAGGCAGAGCAGACAGGCGUCAUCAACGAUUACAAGGCUCAGUUUGACCUUCUUAACACUGCGGGUCCAUCCUCGGGUCGACGAACUCGGAGCGAACGACGGCAAGUCGUCACGGCUCCUACAUACGUGUCUCGAGAUUCCGUCGAGAAGGGUAAAGGAAAAGCGAACAGCACUACAAUAUGGGACAUUCUGUCGACUGCGAGACCGUCUCCAGUGAAAGGGAAAGGGAAAGAAAAGGCGUCCAUGUCUACGGUCUCUGCACCUGCUCCCACUGGAAGAAAUGUCCCCCCAAAGGAUCUCCAUUCGAUGGCGGAUGUUGAGAUGGAUUUCAUAUCACCUUCAAUUAACAAGAGCAGGAAAAAAGCAAAGUUUGGGCCGUCUGAAAUUACCGAGGGACCAUCUGUUGUAGGAUGGCGUCAUACGAGCAUUUCAACAAGAAAGCACGUCGGAGGCACAUCAAGUGGGGAAUUAGCGCCUACGACCGGGAGGCGUCUUCGGUCGCAAGAUACUACCUCUGCGGUUGCUGUUGCUGUUGCCGCAGAUGCUCCUCCAGAAAUAGGUCCGUCUGCACCUGAACCAGUUUCUGUCAUCGGACGUUGGCAUAACGCUAUGGAACCCUCGUCAACACCACGAAAGCAAUUCCUAGGUGGCUCAGGUUCAGAGGUCGUCCCUUUGUCCGGAAAGUGCCUAAACGCUUUGUCCAAUGGAGUUUCAGUCAGGAAACGGCCUAGAGAGGAAUCGGUCGCAGAGAGCUUGACCGGUAAGUCCCCGGCUACGAUCUCUACAAGAGGCGGCCGAGCAUUACCUGCUCGUGCUGCAGCGCAUCGGGUGACAGCACCACCACCAGCACCACCACCUUCUCCUUAUUCCAAUAUCAAACGCGUCAAACUCAUUGUCCGCCGUCCUCCGCCAUCAUAUUCUAAUCCCAACCAGCUCCCGCCACCUCCAAAACAUGGGUCUUCGAUCUCUGCCUUCUUGUCCUCAUAUACGACGAUGGAUCAUAAGGAUGUCUCUACUCGUGUUCUGCAAGGAUCAAUACGACACGACGCGGAAAUUUUGGAGCGGGCGUCCAAACUGAAGGAAGAGGGCCGAUGGUUUUACAGAGCCGAGGAAGAGGGCGAUAUCGCUGAAGACUUAGAAACACCCCAAGGCCCCGAGCGAACGACUAAGGAUGUGUGGGACUGUUGCAUCGAGCAGAUCAUAGCGUUGGGUCAAGCAGAGAUCAAGCGGCCUGUGGGCGCACAGAUUGCUUCUCAGAUUGCCUCCAAGGUGGAAACAUACUGGGAAGGGCAGCACGCUAAACGGGACAAGAAACGCGCACAGGAGGAGAAGCGAUUAAGAGUCUUGGCGAAGCAGACCAUCAAGGAGGUGACGUCUGCAUGGGGUAAAAUUGUGUUGCACAUCCGUCGUCAAGAGCAGGUGGAACGCGAGGCAGAAGAACUAAAACGAGGUCAUGAACAUCUCGAUGCUAUUCUAGAUCAAUCUGGGCUGUUGUUGGAGACACAGCAAAGCAGUCUUGCCCGUCGCUCGCGUAGCACAUCGAGCGAUGGACUCAGGAUUUGGGGUUCUGAGGGUAGUGAUUCGGACGAUAGUGAGGGUGAUGGCGAGGCAGAAGACGAAGACGGUGGUGAGAGCGGUGAAGAGGAGCCCGAACAAGACCAGUCAGAUAGUGGUGAGGAAGGAGACGAUGAUGUGGACGGUGAAACGACUGCUCUGCUUGGGGGAAAUCAAGAUACACCAACCUCUCAGAGUAUAGAGGUAUCUCCGACGUCAUUAACUUCAGUUUUGCCUUCGAAAGAUUCUGUUGCGCUUGAUGACGCCGUAAACGACGAGUCUCUGAUGCUCACGCUCGAAGACUUGCUCAUACUACCAGAAUCCAGUCCCCCUGCAACACUAACGUCAUCAUCGUAUCCACUUGGGUCGCCUUCGCUUCCAUCAUUACUCAGUGUGCAAGCCAGCGAGGCGCCAUCCAUGGAUGAUUCUGUAGCGCCGUCAGACUAUGCUGAAACGGUUCCAUCGUCGUUAUCCGUUGAAGCGUCUCCCCGGCAAUACGAGAGACACGCCUCGGCUCAACCUCUUACUGCCUCAGAGGACGCGCGACCGGCAGAGGUUCAAAGCGCUGCCCCGGCGAUAGAUCUACCCUCUUGUGAAACUCAAGUAGAAGGCACGAUCGAUACACUUGAUGAAGUCUCACCACAGUCCGCGUUGGAUGAGAAAAUGGAGGUUAAUGGAGCGGAUCCGUUCGCUAACGCCAUCAGCGAUGAAACGUGUCCUUGUGAGACGAACACGGACGCGGGAGUCAACGGCACGGAACCGCACGCUGCACCACGGGAUGAACCGGAGGAAGAAGAACAAGAAUUGCCAAAAUUGCCCAUAAUUCCGGAGUAUCUGAAGCCUUUUGCGGUAGCUCCGGUCGAGUGGGAUGCCGAUGCACCGAUCAAACCUCCAUUGCUUCUUCGUGGUGUAUUACGCCCGUAUCAGCAAACAGGGUUGGAAUGGUUAACGACUCUCCAUCGCAACAACCUUAAUGGGAUCCUUGCAGAUGAGAUGGGCCUUGGAAAAACCAUCCAGACGAUAUCAUUGUUGGCACAUCUUGCUUGCGACCGUGGGAUAUGGGGUCCUCAUCUCAUCAUUGUUCCUACUAGCGUUCUUCUGAAUUGGGAAAUGGAGUUCAAGAAAUUCCUUCCUGGUUUCCGGGUCCUCGGCUACCAUGGUACGACCAAACGUCGCAAAGAGCUUCGUCAAGGAUGGAAUGACAAAUAUCAUUUCAACGUUUGCAUAACGUCAUACACCCUGGCGAGUCGAGACGCCCAUAUAUUCAAACGGAGAGCUUGGUACUACAUGAUUCUGGACGAGGCACAUAUGAUCAAGAAUUUUAGGUCACAAAGAUGGAACAUCUUGUUGAUGUUUCGGUCCUUUCGUCGUCUCCUCCUAACCGGAACUCCACUCCAGAACAAUCUGACUGAAUUAUGGGCGCUGUUGCAGUUCCUAAUGUCGGGAUCGAACUUUGCGAACCUGAAAGAGUUUGGAGAUUGGUUCUCUAACCCGUUGGAAAAGGCGAUAGAGAUGGGGAAUGCUCACGAUGACGAGACGAUGCAGCGUGUCUCCAAGCUGCACACGGUUCUACGCCCGUACCUCUUGCGCAGGCUGAAGCGGGAUGUUGAGAAGGAGCUUCCUACCAAGUUUGAGCAUCUGAUGUUAUGUCCACUGUCGAAACGCCAGCGAUAUCUGUACGACGAGUUCAUGUCAAGAGCCCACACUCAAGAUGCUCUCCAGUCUGGCGUUUAUCAAAAAAUUGCCAACAUCCUCAUGCAGCUCCGCAAAGUCUGCAAUCAUCCAGAUCUUUUCGAAGUUCGCCCCAUCGUAACCUCGUUCGCAAUGACGCGGUCGGCUGUCGCUGGUUUUGAGAUCAAGGAGCUUCUUAUCCGCCGGCACUUACUAGCCGAGGAAGAGGAGUCUGUGAACCUUGAUUUCCUGGGACUUAGGUUCAUUGGUCAGCAGAACACUUCGGAAUUUGGUGCCAUGGAGGUACAGAACUUGGACGCGACAUCCCGCCUGCCGUUUAUCUAUGAACUGCCUGGAGAGCCGCCUCCUAAGGACGUGCGCAGCAUUGAUGGGUUUCGUGCAUACACAGCUUGGAAGACUCGGGCUGACAAGAUCGCACAUUGGACGCAAGUGGCAUAUGUGAAUCGCCACCGAAUCCAGAUGUACCCUAUCGCUAGCCGCGAGAUGAUCGCGUAUGUAGGGAGCAUCAACAAGCCCAUCCUGCCCCUUCCUUGUAUUGACCAAACAGCGUAUCUUGAUACUGUGAUCACGACGCACAGGAUGGUCAAGACCUACACUGAGCGUUCAGACGAAAUGGCCAGUAUCAUUGAUCAUUUCGCCUUCGCGACGCCUGCUGUGGUUGCCCUUGAUAUUCCCCGCUUAGCCUUCCCUUCAUUGUCGAUCAAUCAAAUUCCUCGGGACUUCGACGCGGUGCUCCACAAGUCCAGCGCCAAACUACAGAUCGCAUUCCCUGAUCCGUUGCUCCUCCAGUAUGACUGCGGCAAGCUCCAGCAGCUAAAUCUUCUAUUACGGGAAAAGAAGGCUGGUGGCCAUCGCGUGCUCAUAUUCACUCAGAUGACCCGCAUCUUGGACAUUCUCGAGAUCUUUCUCAACUUUCAUGGGUACCUCUAUCUACGUCUGGACGGGGCCACGAAAAUAGAGGAUCGGCAGUACAUUACGGAACGCUUCAAUGCUGAUUCCCGGGUCUUCUGCUUUAUUGCCUCGUCUCGAUCCGGCGGUGUUGGCAUCAAUCUCACCGGUGCGGAUACCGUCGUCUUCUACGAUAGUGAUUUCAACCCUCAGAUGGAUCGUCAAUGCGAAGAUCGAGCCCAUCGAAUUGGCCAGAUGCGAGAUGUUCACAUUUACCGAUUUGUUUCACAAUACACUGUCGAGGAGGCGAUGCUGCGAAAAGCUAACCAAAAGCGAUCACUUGAUGACCUUGUGAUACAGAAGGGAGGGUUUGACUGGCGGACGAUUUUUAAUGACGAGAAGGCUUUGACGAAUGCCCUGGAGGAGUUUGAUGAUCAGGAGGAUGCGCAUGCUGCGGCUGUUGCUACGCGGGAGGAAGUUGCUAUCGUCGGAGCGGACGAGGCGGAUUUCGGUGAGGGGGAGGUGACACGGGAUGUCGACAAUAGGGAGAGUUCGCAGGUUGAUCUUGAACCGCAGCCCGAGGAAGGGCAGGAGGAGGAUGAGGAGGAUGAUGAGGGCGGUACUGUUGCCGACUACAUGCUUGCCUUUGUCAAGCGGGACUAUGACUAUUUCAAGGAGUGGCGCGUCUGAGCCAUCAGUACCUCUUAUCGUUAUUGGUUUCUACAUGUACAUCUCUGCAUAUCUACGCUACAAGCUGAUGCUAUCAUUGGAAUGCUAUAAACAGUUUCAUUUAGCAAUUGCUGGUGGUGGUGCAUUGCUUUGGAGUAUGAGGGAGGUGGUCAACUAGCUCAUUUUACAGUAAAAGGAACAUAACAAAGCAUACAGUAAUACAAUGGCAAUAGCAAUAGCAAUACGAUAAUAAAGCGAGGAAGGUGUCUUGAAUAAUGCGAGUUUCAGAUCAACGUCUCGCCAUUGCUAGACAAAGUAGGUGUUCAGCAAAGACAAAAGGGGCAGAAUAUAAAGUACCCGGAGUGUAUCCUUGAUGUCUCAAUUCCCCACUCUCGACCAUCUGCAUAAACCUCUUCAUAUUCUUUUCAUGAGGCGCAAAGAGCUCGUUAAGCCUUUCUCUCGUG